UUCAUUUAUAUUCUCUGUCGGCACUCACCCAGUUCACACACUUUUUAUAAGCUUUUCCUUAAAAGCUCGAAACAUGUGAUUUUGACAGCACUAACGAAUGUGUAAAACAAAAGAAAUUGAGAAGGAGACUAAAUUAAAUAAAUAUCAUAAUAAAUAAUCUAACAGUAAUGUCUCGUGUUUACCAUUGUUAGAUAGAUAUAUUUCCUGCGAAUCUAUUGUAUUAACUAUGAAGUGUCUUGUUUAUAUACGUGCGCAGUCAAGAGUGCUCUAAUCUAGAUGAUAAGCUUAACAUACAUACAUAUAAGCAUCCAUUAAAGGUAUAAAAAGCAUUCCAACGUGUAUGAAACCAUUUAAAUCUGAAGUUCUGAUGCGAGUACACUACCUGUUGGCGUGUUCUACCCGAAUUUUACCUGACAGUUGUACAAGCGUUAGAGAGUUAUUAUCGACUUCUCGAAAUUUCCGUUCCCUCAACAGUCGAAGUGGCUUUACCAUUAAUAAAUUCAAGAUAAGUGACUUGAAAAAUAAAUCUCAAAAAGUUUUGAUACGCAGCAGCAGUAGCCAAAAGAACAUCACUAACAAAAUGCUCAACCACUUACCAUUUUUUACCAGCGGAGAAAUAGUGCAUGGCUUUGGACGCGGUUCCAAAGAACUUGGCAUCGCAACAGCAAAUUUUCCUUUGGAAGUGGUGAAAGCGCUACCAGCUGAAAUAACUUUGGGCAUAUACUACGGUUGGGCGAAUGUGGACAAUGGUGAUGUGCAUAAAAUGGUAAUAAGCAUAGGAACGAAUCCCUACUAUGACAAUCAAGAGAAGAGUAUGGAAACACACAUUCUACAUAAGUUCGAUGGCGAUCUAUAUGGACACCUCUUAAAAGUUUGUAUCGUUGGCUACCUACGUCCAGAACGUAAUUUUGACUCUCUCAAAGAUCUAAUUACUGCCAUUCAAAAGGAUAUCGAAGAUGCCAAAAAUUUAUUGGAUACCGAUGAGAAUAGUCGCCAAUUGCAAUAUUCGAAAUUUUUCAAAACUAACAGUAACGAAACCGUGAAAUCAGCGCCGGUAAAUAAGAAGGAGGAUAAUAUAAAUAAUGGGUCAUAAAAUAUGUUGUAGCUGUCAGUCCGUGGUCGGAUACAAGUACAGAUCCGGCUCGGUCUCGUCGAGCCAAAUUUCGUAUGACGAAAAAUGAAUAGCUUUGACAUAAUUGUUAUACAGGUGAACAACGAUCGACCUCUUGGCUGCUAUCUUUAUUUAACAACGAAAUGCUUUUAAAUUUAAUAUUUUAGUCCUUGUUUAAGCUAUAUAAAUGUAUAUAUACAUACAUACAUAUAUGUACCUAUAUACUAUUAUUGAUUGAUUGAUCCGUUCCCCUAACAGUAGGGUCUACGUAAUCGGAACGGACCCGGAUUUUUUCCGGCCAAGGACUGUCAACUCGGGAAAAAUUCUGCCGCUGCAACAACAACAACAACACACCAUUAUUGAUUAUGAAAAAAAAACGGGAAAAAUUUAUCGAAUAUCAAAUCUAGAAUAAUUGGUCCUUCUUAAAUCAAUUACUGACUAAUUUAAGUUGUAGUGCAGUUCUGUUACAUAAUUGGAUUAUUUUAUUUUUUUUGUUCUACUUAAACCCGUAACAUGUUACUUACUUAUGUAAAUGUACUUUUUGAAUGAUAAAAUUAGUUACUUAAUAUGUUCAUAUAUAAUAUAAUGCGAAAUAUGUUUAUAUGAUAUUCUUGCGAAAAUGUACAAAUUGUAAGUAUGCUUAAAUUCAUAGUCAUUUACUUUAAAUCGAUAGUAUAAAUUGUACAGAAAAUAGUAAUCGUAUAUGUUUAAAAAUUAUGCAUAUACACAUAGAUAAAUAAAAUGAUUUAAAAAAUUGUAAAA